GAGUAGCAUACACGAACACAAACCGCACCCCACGGCAGUACCUGGCACCGCAAGAAUUACCAUAAACGGCGUGAACCAUGGCGCUGAUAAGUGGUCUAUUUCACGAGAGCGAAGCUAAAACUAGGUUGGCAGAAGAACGCCGUGACCAAAAGUACGGCGGCGAACAGAAGGUCGAUUCGAUGGUCGACUUGAGCGAGGAAUCCACCCCAGGAGUCUUGAUGAAGAAGAUCGUCAGGCCAGGAAACGGGGAGCUACCUCCUGUGGGAAGCAACGUGAGUGUACAUUAUACGGGAAAGCUCAAGGACGGCACCGAGUUCGACACCAGCGCCGGUCGAGGCCCAAUAAAGUUUGCGCUGGGAAAAGGGGAGGUCAUACGAGGUUGGGACUACGCCGUGUCGACGAUGCAAAAGGGGGAGCGGGCAAUCCUUACCGUGGGGCCGGAGUACGGGUACGGAGGAAGGGCGACGGGGCCGAUACCUGCCAACGCUACCUUGACGUUUGAGAUGGAGGUCAUGGGGUGGGAAAAGGCGCCUGUCUUUCAGAUUUACCAGUGGGCGGGGUUGAUAUUCAUGAUCGGUAUCGUCAUCUACGUGUUGUUCGUCGAUGACGAGGGCGACAUUUUAAGGAAAAGUCUCGAAUCCUCUCGAGAGUUGUAGAGAACCAAUCGUCUUGGCUUCCUUGGUGCUGAGGUAAUUUUAUGUGGAUGAGUCGAUCAUGUUCGGUGUUCAGUUAGUGGGCAAGCCCAUGCACCGUACGUGCUUUGCCGUGUCGCAGUAAUAUAAAUAUGUCACGGGCGGUUAGGGUUCGGCAGGGCUUGAACCGUAGCAAGCAACUUUUGGUACUGCCAUUGAGGCUAAUUGCAUCGCUCCCUACGUGGACUUCUUGUGGUCAUGCUGGCAAAGUUGUGUUUGCUUUGUGUACAGAUCUACAGCUCUCCUCGUGGCGUAAGCUUUCCACGGUCGUUGCUGUGUACAUGUAGAGCUCGUGGCCUUGUGCCUGUACACGCACAGUGUAAAAUUGCGAUUUUCCCUCCGAUACUGGAUGCUGUGCGGUCCGGAGAUCCAGUCUUCCAUGCACACGUUGUUGGUUCUUGGGCAGGCGGGCGCCAAUAGCUAAAGAACAAUUGUCCGAAGGUCGGGUGGCCAUGAGAAAAUUUACCACCCCAGUUGUUUUUGAUGGUUGGGCCUGUUCAAGAAGACAGACAACGUCGGGGUGUCGUAGUGUCAAAACCUUCUGUGGUGUAAUAUGUUCAACCACUUGAGCGAAACUUGCCAAUGCUGGGUGGGCACGUGUGCCUUUCGCCAAGCAGAUACAUACAAACCAUGCGUGGCGCUGACUUCUAUUAUUGCUUGUCUACUGCGGGGGAGUUCUCAAACGGAGGCUGCAAAUUGUCUAGACAGAGUAUAUGCAGGCGUGUUGUUCCCACCCGCCAAUGUAGGUAGAUAUGUUGAGUAAACCGGCCAAUUAACG